AUUUCAUCUUGAAGCACUUCUUUCUAGAAUUCGAACUGUCUUAGAGCUUCUCAGACCCGAUAAUUCUUUGAUUCUAUUCCAUUAGGAGCGGCAAUGGGUGCACAGUAUGCACUCAUCGACGAGGGUCACGUUGCCCGCUGCAUUUGAGGUCGCCGAGAUAGAUAAUCUUGCUCUUCUCAUAGCUAAUAUGCUUGAACGAUUGAUCGCUCAUAAUGACAAGAUCCCACUUCUACCCGAGAGCCUCACCCGAUUUCACUCGAGAACCGUACCAAACAUCAGCGUCCUCGAUUAUCUCCGACGCAUAAUCAAAUGGACAAAAGUCGAGAAAGCAUGCCUCCUCCUCACCCUACACUACGUCGACCAAAUCUGCGCCCGCAUGCCCCUCUUCACCCUCUCCUCCCUCACCUGCCACCGCUUCAUCAUCGCAUCCAUCACAGUCUGCAGUAAAGGCCUCUGCGACUCCUUCUGCACAAACGCCCUCUACGCCCGCGUAGGCGGCAUCCCCGUCCCAGAACUAAACGUCCUCGAACGCGAAUUCCUUCUUGCAAUAGACUGGCGCUUAAUGUGCACUCGAGAAGUCCUUCAGGAAUAUUACAUCAACCUCAUUAGGACGGAUAGCUCGGGCCGCUUUGCAUUGGAAUCGGAGGUGGAGGAUAGUGAUAUGGAUACUAGUAGCGUCUCGUCUCGCUCGGCGUCCCCUAUGGACACCCAAGUCCGCCAUGGCCCGUCGUUUAGCCUCUUAGGCACCCGCGAGUCUUCGAGCGUUAUGGGAGACACUUCGACGCUCCCUACUAUCGAACAGAACAUGGCGUUUGCUGCUUUGCAGCAUUCGUUGAAGAAGCCCCCAUAGGCAUUAGGAGUUUGGCUUUUUUGUUCUGCGUACCGAUGGCACGCACUCUCGGCGACAGUUUCGUCACCGGUCUUAUCAUCUCGCGUCAUAGAUUGACAUUUAGUAGUCAUCCACCGGCACGCGUCAACUUUCACCCCCCUCUCACGCUCCUUUCCCUCGGCGUUUUCCCAAGUUUUCCUUGUCCUGCAUACAUACAUAUACACGUGGCGCACAAAAAAAUCAUCGAAUUGUAACC